GUCGAGCGAGCGUGGAAGUUAGCCAGCAAAGUCUUGACUCGUCAUGAUGCGCCUGAUCUUUUCCCUCACUUCACGUUCCCCAGCCUCGGUUACUAUAUCUGGAAUGAUUCGACUUUCUGGACGUCCGGCUUCUUUCCUGGCAUUGUCUGGUCACUGUACGAGCGGAGUCUGAUGACACCACUCUCGGUAGCUCCCAGCAAAGACCUUCUUCGCGCUGCACAGACAUGGCAGAUCGAAAUGGCCAAGGAACAAUUCAAGACAGACAACCAUGAUUUGGGGUUCAUGAUCAUGCCAUCUUUUGCUCGAGACUAUGACUUGACGGGCAAUCGUGCAUCCCUCGAUGUCGUUGUCAAUGCGGCACGAUCACUUGCUUCGCGGUUCAGUCCCACCACUGGCACCAUCAGAUCCUGGGCUGGGGCUCGCACAAAGACUUAUAACCUUCAUGAUGAAGAUGUAGACUUUGUCGUGGUCAUCGACAGCAUGAUGAACCUCGAUCUACUCUACUACGCGGCCCACCAUACCGGUGACAAGUCCCUUGCCGACAUUGCGACUACUCAUGCGACUACGACACUUGCCAACCACAUUAGGCCAGACUAUUCGUCAUAUCACCUGGUCAGCUACGAUCCACACCGCCAGGGAGUCGUUCGACAUCGUCUCACCAACCAAGGCUACGCCAACGAAAGCACAUGGGCUCGCGGCCAAUCCUGGGCGCUGUAUGGCUUUGCAACAGUUUACCAAUGGACACGGGAUGAGCGAUUCUUGGAUGCCGCGAUUGAAAUUGCCAAGUAUUUUCUCUCGCGUGUUGAUGAGAGCAAUGGUAUCGACACUAUUGUGUACUGGGACUUUGACGCGCCCCGGCCCGGCGUAUGGGACGUGUCUGCUGCUGCGUGUGCCUCUUCCGGCCUUCUUCUACUCCAGCAACUGGCUCCGAAGCGGUGCAAUUGUUUGGAGAGCGUUUUGCGGAUCCUCGAUACAGUCACAACUCGAGCAACAAGCAAGGGCGAUUGCCUUCUGGAGAGGAGCACUGCGAAUGACCACGUUCACGCUCUACAUCGCCUGGCGGAGCACGGCGUUGUCUAUGCCGACUAUUAUUUCCUCGAGGCAGGAAACCGUCUGCUGCAGCUA